CUCGUUUUUUUCUGUCAGCCCGUGUUUGCGGACCCCCUUUUCUCACGGAAGUCACAGUGAGGGAGACGGAGGCCUGGGAGCCUCCGGGGUCCCUUGCGGGCCCGACCUCGGGGAGUGCGGAGGAGGGGGCGCUGGGGCGGCGACCCCCGGGGACGCACUCGGGGGUGGAGGGGUCGCGCUGGGCCACCGGCUGUCCCCGAAUGGGCCGCUCCCUUGUGACUCGGAAGGGCCCGGAUGCCAGCUCUCUUUGAGGCUGUCAUUCCCCAUAUUUGAGACUCUUCAUUAGGUCACUUUGGAGAGGGGACACGGGGUAUGAUGAGUUUUGCACUUGGCUGGAAAUGAACAUGAAAAUCAGAGGAUGUAAUGAAAGCAAAGGGACUUGUGAGAAACUGGACGAAUUUCUUUAGUCGACAGAAAUUUUCCCCUGACUUGCCCUACAUAGUAUUUAAUUUAAAUACGAAAUACGAGUGUUCCUAGUUUUUCUAAUCAAGCGGCCUUAGUGACGAUACUUUCGUGUAAAGCUGAACAAUAAUUUUUUGCACAGCGAUUCCGAAUUAAGAUUCUGGGUGCAAGGAUCCCAGCCGUGCCUUUGCUAUUCAGAGGCCGCAAAAAGGUUUUUUUUCCUCCACAUCUGUGGUUUUGGGGAGACGCAGGUGCGGAUGAGGAAUGAGGGGUCAAGACGAGGGGUUCUUUUGUGUUCUGAAUAUGUAAUCAGGAAAAAAAGUGUCUUUAUCUGCCUCUCGCCCUGCAUAAACACAUCGUUUUGUGCAGAUGGGUGAUUUUUUUUUUUUUUGGUACUUAAAAUUAGGGAAAAGAGCCCUCUCUAACGAGACACCGAUCUUUAACGUAGUCAGGGGACUGAAUGUGCUUUGUCUGCAAUUAACGCUGGGGUUUGGUUUUCAGUUUAAGACAAUGAGGCAGAAGGGAGUGCUAACCAAGCCUUUCCAAGGCCCAGCCCUGGUCUGUAGGACUCCGACCAGCCAAGUUUACGUGUUUGAGAGUGGCGGUGGGGACUCUGGGCACUCCUCCGAGGAAGAGUCCCCGCGUGUGGCUCUGCGGCCGCGGGGCCAGGAGCGCCAGAAGAAGGGUGCCCACCACCCUCGGCGGCCGGGAGCAGGGGGCGUGGUGCUGCUGCAGCGGGAGCUGGCGCUGGAGGACAGUCUCAACAAGCUCGCCCUUCAGUACGGCUGCAAAGUCGCAGAUAUCAAGACCGCCAACAACUUCAUCAGAGAACAAGACCUAUAUGCUUUGAAGUCUAUUAAGAUUCCGGUGAAAACCCAUGGGAUCCUAACAGAGACCCACGAGGAACUCAGACCCCUGGCGAGCCCCUCCCCGGAGACCAGAGUGACCUUCGAGGAGCAUCCAGACCAAGACGGAACAGCCGUAAGCGCCAGCGCCCCGUCCAGCCCGCUGACGGAUUUCUUCAGGGGCAUUGACCAGAAUAUUGAGCGUGCGGUGCAGUCAGAGGUCUUCAUCCACGACAGUCGCUGCGGAGAGACAGUCAGUCAGCCGCUCCUUCCGGCUCCUGCCAAGUCGCCGAGGAACGGGGCCGACUGUGGGAUUCAGUGGUGGAACGCCGUUUUCAUUAUGCUGCUCAUCGGGAUCGUCUUACCCGUGUUUUAUUUGGUCUAUUUUAAAAUACAAGCCACCGGCGAGAUCCCCAGUAUUUCGAACGCAACUGCUGUCCCCAAUGGCUCAGUGGCAAUGAGUGCAGCUCGAGGGCCAGCCCCCAAAUUAGCAAUUCCGGUAGCGACGGUCCCCGCUCCAGACAGCCAGCUCAGGCACAGCACCUGGGGGGGGAACUAACUGUCCUUUCUGAAGUCGGGCUGCAGCGCUGGGGCCCCUGCUGGGCAUCGGCUGCCGUCGUCACAUCCUAGGGUGCUGCAUCUACUCUGCUGUGACAUGGGGACACGUUUCAGAAGCCACCGUUGUGUUCUCAGCUCAGGCCCUAAUUGCCUCAUCUAAUCCAAGGCCGCGGGGCCAAAACGCCAGCACCCACAGCCCCUCCGUCCGGGAAGUCGUGGCAAGAGAAACAGAUGCGACGAAAUGUCGUUUCUUGAAGGCAUUCGGUGCACUGGCCGUGAGUGUCUUCACAGUAGCACUGCAUGGGCCCCCAGCGGGGGAGGGGACAGCCUGGGCACGCGGACCUGCAGCAUGGGAACUCCCAGGGUCGGCUUUGGUCACCUGGCUGUUUGUAGUGUCCCUCGCUUGCUGUGGAGGGUUGACUGGCUCUGACAAAUGGUGUUCUGUGUCUCCCUGGCAAAGGUGCUGUCCCAUAGCGGUGAAUGUCACUCUGUUGUAGCGUGACAGACUGUGAUUAGAACAAAUCCUGCUUCGUAUCUGCCGUGCCAGUUAGCUACUUAGUGUGACACACGCGUGUGUUUGACGAU